AUGGCCUCGCCGCGUCGCCCGCUCCCGACCCCGCCAGUCAGCGCGCCCCGCAAUGAAUGGGACAGCUUCUAUCCGCACGCCAUCCCAGGCGGUCUCCCCGACAUGUACCCAUAUGGAAAUCCGUCGAGCUUCAUCGCGCCGUAUCCAUACCACCCCGCCAAUGCUCCCCCGGCUCCGUCUACGCCUGAAUACGAAGCACCAUCGGCUACGCUCAGGGGCGGAACGCUCCUGCACAAGGGUUUCUAUGACCUUCUCGCGCUAAUCCCUUCCAUUCCGUCCACCCCGUCGCCCUCGCGACUCUUCUGGCCGCGCGCUCCGAGCCCUGACCCCGAGCCCAUUGCUGGCCCGAGAUAUGAGGAGAUUGAAAGCAAUGUGACUGCCGCUCCGAAACAGCCAGCUCCGCCGACGCCUCCUGUCGCUCCUGCGUUACCAAGGAAUCUUAAAGCGAGGAGAAUAAGCAAAGAUAUGGUAUCGAAGCCCACGGGAUUCAUUCACCUUGUCCACGCAUCCGAUGCCGACCAAGCGGAAGCACUUCUCACCCGCUGGGGUCCCGAAGGGCAGGGCAAACUAGGAGAUCCUCGCUGGGCCGACCCUAUCAAGAACUUGAUCAGGUACACAAACCAAGCCCGCGCGAUUAAUGAGGUCGUGAGCGCAAUGAAACCCACGCCGAGUGAUGCGCCUUCACCUCCGCCUCUCAGGGUUGUAAAUGGCAUGAGUACUACGACGUCGUCUAUUAUCACCACUGCUGCGAGGGAGAACGUUUCCUUCACCCCGGUGUCACCAACAUUCCAGCCGCACUCACCGACCAUGCAAUCUCCGCCGUCUCCCACUCCGGCUCAGCUUUCUCCGAGUCUGGGAUUGCCGGGUAACUCCACCAUUCGAUGGACUGCGGGCCUGCCUGUGCAUCCCGAACACGAGCAGGAAGAUGCAGCCGCUAUGGAUCCAGACAAGGACCUCCCCGAAAUACCCACUCCCCGUCCCAAGAAGCCGAUCACCCCGUCACUUGCCACGCUGGAGAAAGCCGUCGCUGCAAAGAUAUAUUUCGAAAACUUAUACUUUCCUCUCUUCCGUCACCCGCCUUCCCGUGAGCAAAGACGCGUGGCGCUCGAGAAGGAGAUGGCAGGUAUGCAGAUGAGCGAGGCCCACAAGGAGAAUAUCCGCCGCCGCUGGCGUCAGAACGAAACAGAAUAUUUGCGUGAGCGCCGUCGGAAGGUCGAUGUCAACGCGUUCGUCAAGCUUCAGACAAUCGGACAUGGUGCAUUCGGUGUUGUCUCUCUUGUUCGCGAGCGAUCUACGGGGCAGCUAUUUGCCAUGAAACAGCUGCGAAAGACGGACAUGUUGCGGAAAGGACAAGAAGGACAUGUGCGGGCGGAGCGCGACCUGCUGCGAUCGGCCUCCCUCGUCAAUACCCCCGGAGGUGCCGAAUGGAUAGUAAAGCUUUUCUACAGCUUUCAGGAUCGCGACCAUCUCUAUCUGGUACUGCAAUACAUGGGCGGUGGUGAUCUCCUCAACCUACUGAUAGAACGGGACGUCUUUGAAGAAGAUUUCACCCGGUUUUACGUCGCAGAGAUGGUCCUAGCUAUCGAAUCAUGUCACAAGCAUGGGUUCAUUCAUCGGGACAUUAAGCCGGACAACUUUUUAUUCGACCCGGAAGGACACAUCAAGCUGAGCGACUUCGGCCUCGCCACCGACCUGCACUGGGCGCACGAUACCUCCUACUACGAGCAACAACGCCUGCAUCUGCUUCACAAGCAUGGCAUCGACCUCGAAGAGAGUCACGGCCUCGGAGACGGCACGCGGACCAAGCGCCUCGACCGCAAGGAGGUCGAGCGACUCAUGGGCGGCGGAGACGGCCAGAGUGGGGUCUUCACAUGGAGGGAGAAACACCGCCGCAAGGUAGGCCACGCCUUGCUCUGCGGUACGAACUCGUACAUGUCCCCGGAAGUAAUCAGAGGCCACGGAUACACGUUCUCGUGCGACUGGUGGAGCUUAGGGGUCAUCAUGUUUGAGUGUCUCUACGGCUUCCCCCCCUUCGUCAGCAACUCGAGGCACGUCACCCGGCAGAAGAUACUGAACUGGAAGCAGUCACUCCGUUUCCCCUCCCGCCCUAAGGUCUCUCACGAAGCGGUCAAUCUGAUGGAGCAGCUCCUCUGCGAGCCGGAAGACCGUCUCGGAUCGCAGGCGUCGUCUUCCGUUAGCAGACCCAACUCCAUGAUCGUGCAGGCAAGGCGCAGCGGUUUCAUCACGCCGCAGGGCACCAUGGGCAGCGUGGACGGGGCACACCUGAUCAAGACACAUCCGUGGUUCAGAGGCGUCGAUUGGGAGAAUAUCCACAGGUACCCGGCGCCAUACCGACCCGAGCUACGUAGCCCGGAAGACACCAGGCACUUCGACGACGACAUCCCCGCCGAGCCCCUCGCGCCUGCCAAUGGUGCGGCUGCGGAUGCGACCCGAGAUCCGCUGCUGCGAGACAAGGUUCAUGGCGGUGAGAUUCUCGAAGUCCGCAAAGCCCUCGCGUUUGCAGGCUUCACGCACAAGAGCCCGCGUGCUAUCAGCUACGUCCGCGCAGACAAGGCGUUCGACCCUGAGCCUGAUACGUACGGGCAAGCCGAGCCGGACAGAGGCCGUUCUGCGUUCCGCGAGGCCCGAGACGUCGGCACCGGACGUGCGAUGUCGCUAUAG